UGAAAAAAUUCAUGUUCUUUUAUACGAAUGGUAUACUAGUACAUAACCCAUGCUUUAUACUAAUAUGACUUGGUUAGAUGAAUUUUUGUCUAUGAUAAUUGAUAAUAAGCCACAUUUUAUUUAUUUUAUAUUUAAGCAAGUCUGGUAAACUAUCAUAAUCAUGUUUCACAAUUUUAAUAUUUACUUGUACGUCGACUACCUACGGGUUUAUUUUUCUCCUCUUCACACUUGUGAGUUGUGAAGGAGAGGUAAUUAUGCAUCAUUAGAGGAUAAUUGAUUAUGAUAGUUUACCAAAAAUCGUUAUUUGAAGAGGAGAAAGAAAUUUAGAGGUAAGCAAAAAAAAAAAAGUGAGACGAACAAAAAUUAUAUUAUUCAAGUAGAAGCGCGAGAACUUUGUCCAUAGCUUAAUUAAAGCACCUAUUUUUUCCCUUAUAGAUAAAGUAGAAGUGGGAGAAAGGAAAAAAUAAAGUCAAAAAUGGUAUAUUUUUAGAAAAUUUUCGAUGGUACUAGAAAGAAUAAUUUAGGAAUAUCUAAAUUUGGAACUCUAAAUUUUGAAAGUGAUAAUAUACUACUAUUAAUUGUUGAAUAAAUUAAAAUAGAUAUAUAGCCUUUGAGGUUUGUCGAGUAAAACUUUCUCUGUUGUAAAAUAAUUGCAACAUACUACCUCUGGUCUUUAUGAAUUUACUCGUAUUUUUUUUGGGGAUAUCCCUUAUUAGUUUAUCCAUUUCUUUUAUUUCCACUUUUGGAAUGAGACAACUAACUUUCCAUCACACAUACAUUCAACUUUACUGUAAAAUAAUAGUUGUCUUUCUUUCUAAGUCCAACAACUUUGUUUCUCCGAAAACUUUGUGCAAAAGAAACAGGUAAAUUAAUAAAGAGCGGAGGAAGUAGAUAGUAUAAAGAGACAUAAAAAGAGGGACCCAUAUUUCUUUUUCCAGAGUCCCAUAUUAGAUGAUAGUAAAGAGUAAGCGGGACAAAACAAUGUAAAAGACCACAUUGGCCCUAGCCAUAUUCUAACCAAUACCAAAAUAACCCAGAUAUUAAUGAUAAUGAAUCCAAUCUAAUGGACCUGAUAUAGAAAUGACCCGAUCCAUUAAUGACAUGACCUGAAUCGAAACUAUUGAUGAUAAUGACCCAAUCCCACACAUGUUUCAACCGAUGUCAAAAUGAUUCAAAUCAAAUCGACUCGACCCAAAAUUUAACCAUUACCAAUAUCAACCCGAAUUGACUUUACCCAUUUAUGAUGAUGACGGAACCCAAGUCUACCCAAACCCAAUUUGACCUGACAAAGUCUGCUCGAACCCAAUUUGACCCGACCCAUGUUCCAUCCGAACCCAACUUGAUCCUACCCAAGAUUACCUGAAACCCAACUCAACCUGACCUGGCUAGACCCAUGACUAGCCUGCUCGACCCAAGGUUACUCAAAAGACUGAAACCGAAAGACCUGAAAGGACCUGACACAAAAAUUGCUCGUCUCAUACCCGGCUAUAUGUUGAUCUUACUUUGACUCGACCUAACUUGCACCUGACGAGGUUAUGUUGGAUCUGACGUACCGUCCCGGCAACCCUGACCCACCGACAGAGCUGAGAGGUUCCUGGGCUGCCUUUACUUGGGAAUUUGCUGCAACUUAAAGAGAAGAAGCCUUAUAAGACAUUCACAAAAUGGUCAGAGAUUUAUGGUCCUAUAUAUUCGAUCGAGCUUGGAUCUUCUCAUAUGAUCGUGCUUAAUAAUUCAGAUGUUGUAAAAGAGGCAAUGGUUACCCGCUUUUCAUCUAUCUCGACCAGGAAACUCUCAAAUGCUCUGACAAUCCUUACAAAUGAUAAAUGCAUGGUUGCAAUGAGCGACUAUAAUGAGUUUCAUAAAACAGUAAAGAGAUACAUAUUAACCAAACUAUUGGGCUCUAAUGCUCAGAAGCGCAACCGAGCAAUUCGUGAAACCAUGUUGGAGAAUGUAGUGGAUUGUCUUUAUGCGCAUAUGAAGAGCAGCCCACUUGAAGCAGUGAACUUCCGGGAAAUAUUUGAGUCAGAACUCUUUGGAUUAGCUUUGAAACAAGCUAUUGGACGAGACGUGCUGUCUCUUUAUGUUGAAGAGCUUGGAACUACUUUGACAAGGAAGGAUCUAUUGCAUAUUCUAGUUUGGGAUAUGAUGAAGGGUGCAAUCGAGGUUGAUUGGAGAGAUUUCUUCCCCUACCUGAAAUGGGUUCCUAAUAAUAUGGUAGAAACAAAUAUUAGAAAGUUGGAUUUCCGCAGAAAUGCAGUGAUGAAGGCACUCAUUAAAGAGCAUAAGGAACAAAAUACCGGGGGAAAGGAAAUGAAUUCCUACCUCGACUUUUUGCUGUCAGAAGCUGAUACAAUGACAAUUACGGAGACUCAACUAGCUAUGCUGCUUUGGGAGCCUAUCAUUGAGUCUUCUGACACUACAUUAAUCUCAACAGAAUGGGCCCUUUUCGAACUUUCCAAGCAACCCGAGCGACAGGAGCGAUUGUAUCAAGAAAUCCAGACUGUUUGCGGCCAGGAUAUGGUUACGGAGGACCAUUUGUCUCAGCUGCCAUAUCUGUCAGCUGUUUUUCAUGAAACUUUGAGGAAACACAGCCCUGUUCCAAUUAUUCCCAUACGAUAUGUUCAUGAAAACACUCAAAUAGGAGGCUACCACAUUCCUGCUGGAACUGAGAUCAUAGUGAACCUGUAUGGAUGUAACAGGGACGAAAAUCAAUGGGAAAAUCCGGAUGAGUGGAUUCCGGAGAGAUUCUUAGACAAUAAAUAUGACCCCCAUGAUCUUUACAAAACAAUGGCUUUUGGAGCUGGUAAAAGGGUGUGUGCUGGUGCUCUUCAAGCCAUGCUAAUAUCUUGUACAUCGAUCGGUAGACUGGUGCAACAAUUCGAGUGGAGACUUCAAGCUGGGCAGGAGGAGGACAUUGAUACUGUUGGUCUCACCACACAUAAACUUCAUCCUCUGCAUGCCAUUAUAAAACCCCGACGUCAACUCAAUUAACUAUAUAAACUUUAAAACUAGCUAGUUAUUGUUUUAAGCUUCAGAAUAAUGCUCUUUCUAAGUUAUUAGGUAAAACAAGAAUUUGACCUCAGAAUGUUGGUAAUUCCUGCUAAGAACUAAAUAUUAGGAGGGGAGGGUAUUUUAGAUAUUAUCACUUUAGUUUAUUUGGGGAAUAAGUUGGAUUGUUUGUUAGAAAAGUAAUAUAAAUAUAGAGCAAUAUAGAAUGUAAAAGGCAUAUGUUGAAUAUUGAUAAGAAAACGUGUAAAGCUUGUUGUGUUUGCAUAGAAUUUAGUGUUCAAAUACAACAAACCGAGACUUUGUGUGAUGUUGGAGGUCGAGAUUGACAAGAGAACUUCUUAAAUCUAAAUUCAAGAGCCUAUCCAUCUUUAUUUU